GCUACCAUCAUCUCUGACAUUGCAUGCCAUCCAUUGGGAAAGUUCCGGCUGAAUGAGAUGCAGCGUCCGGGAGACGUGGUUUUCGGGGGGCUCUUUGAGGUGCACUUCCUCACUGUGUUCCCCGAGCUGUCCUUCACAUCAGAGCCAGAGCAGCCCUGGUGUGAGCGGUUAGACCCAGCCGGCUUUCAGGUAGCACAGACGAUGGCUUUUGCUAUUGAGGAGAUCAACCACAACCCCUCUCUCCUGCCCAACAUCACCCUGGGAUUCCACCUCUACGACAACUGCGUGAAGCUGGCUGUGGCCUUCCGGGCGGCCAUGGCAUUGGUGAGCGGCACGGGCAGCUCCUUCUCAGACCUGGGCUGUACCAGACCACCACCAGUCCUCGGCAUUGUGGGAGACCCGGGAUCCACCCACUCCAUUGCCAUCUCCCGAGUGCUGAGCCUGUUCCAUAUGCCCUUGGUAAGCUACUUUGCCACUUGUUCCUGUCUGAGCAACAGGAGGGAAUAUCCGUCCUUCUUUCGAACUAUUCCCAGUGACGCAUUCCAAGUCAAGGCUAUGGUACAGAUUCUGCAGCGGUACCGAUGGACUUGGGUCGGUCUGGUGGUCAGCAAUGAUGACUAUGGGCUCUACGCAGCACGUGCGUUCCACAAGGAGGUGAGCCAUUUUGGGUGCGUGGCCUUCCACGAGAUUCUGCCCCGAGACAACAAUCGAGCUGAGGUGCGUCGUAUUGUGGCCACUGUGCUGCAGUCCACAGCGCGAGUUGUUGUGGUCUUCUCCACCGAGGCAUACCUGCUGCCAUUGACCGAGGAGCUAGUGGCACAGCAGGUGAAAGGGCUGCAGUGGAUCGCUAGCGAGGCAUGGGCCACCUCACCCGUCUUCCACACCCGUCAGCUGCUCCCCUUCCUCGGCGGCACCCUGGGAAUUGCCAUCCGUCGCGGGGAGAUACAGGGGCUCCGCGAGUUCCUACUCCACCUGCGGCCUGAUGCUCGUCCAAACAACAACAUGGUCUCUCUGUUCUGGGAGGACACGUUUGGCUGCCGGUUCAAGCAGCAGGAAGAAGACAAUCAGAGCAGGAUCUGCACUGGACAGGAAGAGCUGGAAGCCACAAAGUCGGCGUACAUCGACGUGUCAGACCUCAGGGCCACCUAUAAUGUCUACAAGGCUGUGUACGCCCUUGCACAUGCGCUCCAUGACCUGCUUAGCUGUGAGCAAGGAAAAGGGCCCUUCACGGGGAACACCUGUGCUGAGUUGCACAGCUUGCAGCCUUGGCAGUUGCUACACUACCUGGAGCGGGUGAACUUCAUAACGCGCUACGGGGACCGUGUCUCCUUCGACGAGAACGGCGACGCUCUGGCCAUCUACGAUGUGAUGAACUGGCAGGCAGCUCCCGACGGCAGUAUGCAGGCUAUCACCGUUGGAAUGUACGAUGAAGCGAUGCUCAGCACAAACAAACUCACGUUGGACAGCGAAAGAAUCUUCUGGAACUUUGAACCACACACACCCCCCAGAUCGGUGUGCAGUGAGCCGUGUCCCCCAGGAGCUAGGCGAGCCCCCAGGAAGGGCGAACCAGUCUGCUGCUUCGACUGUCUGCCGUGUGCGGACGGCGAGAUCAACAACGCCACAGACUCCAGCGAGUGCUCCAGGUGUCCACCAGACUUCUGGUCCAACGAGGCACGGGACCGCUGUGAGCCCAAGCCUGUGGAGUUCCUCUCCUUUGAGGAACCCCUUGGCAUGUGCCUGACUGCCACAUCACUGCUGGGUGUGUGUGUGUGCGUGGUUGUGCUAUCCGUGUUCGCAUGGCACCGCACAACACCCGUUGUACGUGCCAAUAACUCGGAGCUGAGCUUCCUGCUGCUCUUGGCGCUUGUACUCUGCUUCCUUUGUGCACUGCUCUUCAUCGGGCAGCCUCAGCAGUGGACCUGCAGGCUACGCCACGUGGUCUUUGGCCUGGCCUUUGCCCUCUGCAUCUCUUGUAUCCUGGUGAAGACCAUUGUGGUGGUGAUGGCGUUCCGUGCCACCAUGCCAGACGGCAACGUCAUGAAGUGGUUUGGAGCAGCACAGCAGAGGGGCACGGUUGUGAUGUUCACCGCUAUCCAAGCAUCGGUCUGUGUGGUGUGGCUCACUACCGCACCCCCCACACCCUUCAAAAACACCCGGUACCAGAAUUCUCGGAUCAUCUGGGAGUGUGCCGUGGGCUCCGUGGCCGGGUUCGGAUGCGUACUCGGCUACAUUGGCCUGCUGGCUGCCAUCUGCUUCCUGCUCGCCUUCCUCGCCAGGAAGCUGCCCGACAACUUCAACGAGGCCAAGUUUAUCACCUUCAGCAUGCUCAUCUUCUGCGCCGUGUGGAUCACCUUUGUACCUGCCUACGUCAGCUCCCCGGGGAAGUACUCCGAUGCUGUGGAGGUCUUUGCCAUCCUGGCCUCCAGCUUCGGCCUCCUGCUGGCAAUAUUCAUGCCAAAGUGUUACAUCAUCCUGCUCCAUCCGGAGAGAAACACCAAGAAGGCCAUGAUGGGCCGAGCCGCUACCAAAAAGUAG